GGUCAUAUUUUGACACUGAUGCUACUGCGCUGGAGCAACUAGGAGUUUUAUGAAAUGCGUUGAAUGGAUGUGGAAUUGUUAGCUGCUACUGCAAAGCUGUCAACAGCGAUAUUUAUGCAUUGCACAAUAACUGAUGGGUUCAAGAUAGAGACGGCAACAUGCGGAGCCGCAGUAACUCAGGUGUGAAGCUCGAUGGAUUCGCCAGGCUCGUUCAUGAGACUAUUCUAUGUCACCAGAACCCAGUAACAGGCCUGUUGCCCUGCAGUGUCCAGCUGCCAGAUGCCUGGGUGCGUGACAAUGUCUACAGCAUCCUGGCGGUGUGGGGUCUGGGGAUGGCCUACAGGAAGAACGCUGACCGGGAUGAGGACAAGGCCAAGGCCUACGAACUGGAGCAGAGUGUUGUCAAGCUGAUGCAAGGGCUGCUCCAGUGUAUGAUGCGACAGGUGGCCAAGGUGGAGAAGUUUAAACACACUCAGAGCCCUAAGGACUGUCUGCACGCCAAGUACCACACCCCCACCUGUGCUACCGUGGUGGGGGACGAUCAGUGGGGACACCUACAGGUUGAUGCCACCUCUCUGUACCUGCUGGUUUUGGCUCAGAUGACUGCCUCAGGUCUUCGUAUCAUAUCAACCCUGCAUGAAGUGGCUUUUAUCCAGAACCUGGUCUUCUACAUUGAGGCUGCUUAUAAAGUUGCGGAUUAUGGAAUGUGGGAGCGAGGGGACAAGACCAAUCAGGGGAUCCCAGAACUGAACGCCAGCUCUGUGGGGAUGGCCAAGGCUGCAUUGGAGGCCAUUGAUGAGCUGGACCUCUUUGGGGCUCAUGGAGGACCCAAGUCUGUCAUUCACGUUUUGCCGGACGAGGUGGAGCACUGCCAGGCUAUCCUGUGCUCCAUGCUGCCACGAGCCUCCACCUCUAAAGAGAUCGAUGCUGGUCUCCUGUCAAUCAUCUCCUUCCCUGCCUUCGCUGUGGAGGAUGCAGACCUGGUCACCAUCACUAAGACUGAGAUCAUAUCCAGGCUACAGGGACGCUAUGGCUGCUGCCGUUUCAUCAGAGAUGGAUACAGAUGCCCAAGAGAGGACCCAUCCCGUCUCCACUACGACCCGGCUGAACUCAAACUGUUUGAGAAUAUAGAAUGUGAAUGGCCAGUGUUCUGGACCUACCUCAUUCUGGACGGCAUCUUCAACGGAGACCUAGUACAGGUGCAGGAGUACAGAGAUGCGCUGGGAGAAGUCCUGAUCAGAGGGAAGCCCGGGAUCCGCCUGAUGCCUGAGCUCUACGCUGUCCCACCUGAAAAGAUGGAGGAAGAGUACGGGAACCCUCACUCCGUGGACAGAGUGGCUAUGGGUCAGUUACCUCACAUGUGGGGACAGUCCCUCUACAUCGUUGGUUCUCUGCUGGCCGAGGGAUUCCUCGCCACUGGAGAGAUCGACCCUCUCAACAGGCGAUUCUCCACCAAUUUCAAGCCGGACGUAGUUGUACAAGUGUGUGUGUUAGCGGAGUCGAAGGAGAUCCAGGAGCUGCUGAAGAAUGAUGAAAUAGAGGUCCAGACCAUCGCUGAGGUCCAGCCCAUCAGGGUCAUGCCUGCUCGCAUCCUCAGCCACGUCUAUGUCAAACUGGGAAACUGCAAGAAGUUGAAUCUGAGCGGGAGGCCAUACAGGCACAUUGGAGUUCUGGGAACUUCGAAAUUCUACGAGAUCCGGAACCGUACCUACACAUUCACCCCUCAGUUCCUGGACCAGCAUCACUUCUACCUGGCUCUGGACAACCAGAUGAUAGUGGAGAUGCUAAGGACGGAGCUGUCCUAUCUCUCCUCCUCCUGGAGGAUGACCGGACGCCCUACCCUGACCUUCCCCAUCACACACAGCAUGCUGGUGGAUGAUGGUGAGAGCAUCGACCCGUGUAUUCUGUCCACUCUGAGGAAGCUGCACGAUGGAUAUUUUGGAGGGGCAAGGGUUCAGAUGGCAAACAUCUCCAGCUUCCAGACUACCUCGUUCCACACAGAGCUCAGCUUCCUCGACGGAGACACCGAUGACGACCUGCUGGACAAUGAAGAAGAUGAGGAAGACGAAGAAGAAAGUUAUGUCCCCUCAGGCAGCUCCAAGGACAUGUUUGACCAUUACCUCAGCCAGCUGAUGCAGAGCACAGCCACCAAGUGUCAUCUCCCUCCCAUCCAGAGGGGGCAGCACCACGUGUUUAGUGCUGAACACACCACCAGAGACAUCCUCUCCUUCAUGGCCCAGGUCCAAGGCCUCAACAUGCCCAAGGCCUCCAUGUAUCUUCCCAUGACUCCCAUCAUGAACAAGCACCGUAAAUCCCUCAACCUGCUGCACGUGUCCCAGCACACACCACUCCAUCCACACCACCACCACACGCCACAUCAACAACAGCCCAAGGCUCCCAGUAUUGCAGACCUCCACCUGCCGCGAGACUCCCAGGGUAACACAGACUUUGGGUCUCUGGUGAGACAGUUGAAGGAGUGUCCCACACUGCAGGACCAGGCAGACAUACUAUAUAUCCUCUGUGUGAUGAAAGGUGCUGAUUGGCUGGUGGACGUGGGGGGUCAGGGCGGGGUCAGUGUGAGGUGUCUCCUGGAGGAGCUGUAUGCCCAGGCUGGGGCCAACAAGGAGUGGGGUCUGAUCAGAUACAUCUCUGGUAUCCUGAGGAAGAGAGUGGAGGUGCUGGCUGAGGCCUGUACAGAUCUCAUCUCCCACCACAAGCAGCUGACAGUGGGGUUACCACCGGAGCCCAGGGAGAAAGUCAUCUCGGCGCCUCUUCCUCCAGAAGAACUCAACUCUCUGAUCUAUGAGGCCAGUGGGCAGGACAUCAGCAUCGCUGUGCUCACUCAGGAGAUCAUGGUGUACCUGGCCAUGUACGUCCGCUCCCAGCCGGCUCUGUUUGGGGACAUGCUGCGUCUCCGAAUCGGACUCAUCAUGCAGGUGAUGGCUACAGAGCUGGCCCGCAGUCUACACUGCUCAGGGGAGGAGGCCUCUGAGAGCCUGAUGAACUUGAGUCCAUCAGACAUGAAGAACCUGCUGCACCACAUCCUCAGUGGGAAGGAGUUUGGGGUGGAGAGGAGCAUGCGUCCUAUGCAGUCCUCGGCCACCAGCCCGGCUGUCUCCAUCCAUGAGCUGGGUCACACUGGGGCCACUAAGACGGAGCGCACCGGCAUCCGCAAGCUGAAGCGUGAGAUCAAACAGAUGAGUAACAGUGGCUAUUCCAUCAGCAGCAACGUCACCUCUCCCCGUUCCACGCGGUGCAGCAGCCCCUCCACCCCCAGUGGUAUCCUGUCCCCUGUAGGCCCCGGGGGGUCAGACAGCCACCUGCAGUGGGAGGAGCGGCAGGGCCAGUGGCUGAGGAGGAGACGGCUGGAUGGGGCCAUCAACAGGGUCCCAAUGGGCUUCUACCAGAAGGUGUGGAAGAUCCUGCAGAAGUGUCCGGGUCUGUCAAUAGAUGGAUACGUGCUGCCUUCCUCUACUACCAGAGAGAUGACAGAAGGUGAGAUCAAGUUUGCGGUGCACGUGGAGUCUGUUCUGAACCACGUCCCCCAGCCAGAGUACCGACAGCUGCUGGUGGAGGCUGUGAUGGUGCUGACGCUGGUGGCUGACAUGGAUGUGGACAACAUCGGAGGAAUCAUCCUGAUCGACCGCAUCGUACACAUGGCCAAUGACCUCUUCUUACAGGACCAGAGGACCCAUGGAGCCAACGAGUACUUCCUGGAGAAGGAUCCAGCCACGGGGAUAUGCCACUUCUUCUAUGACAGCGCCCCUAGUGGCAGCUACGGUACCAUGACCUACCUCUCCAAGGCUGUGGUCACAUACCUACAAGACUUCCUGCCACAGUCUACCUGUCUCAUGCAAUGAGGUCUCAGACUGGGUUUGAUGUAGAGCACUCUCUCCCUGGCCUCGCAGGCAGCUAAUCAAGAGAGUCUAGUCAAGUAAUAUAUUAUAGUGUGGAACGAAAUACUACUGCCUCGUUCCAAUUCUCCCCAAGUGUACACUCGUUCACUCCCAUUCAAGGAUGAUUUAAAAUCAUUGGGAUUGAAUUCUUGAAGUGAAUGAGUGCACACUUCAGAGAGAAGGGGGUGAACUAGACUUAGGUAGGAAGUUGGAUGGGGUUUGACCUAUGACCUAUGACUAAGAUAUU